GAAUUGGUAUUUUAAUUAUAUCUGAUUUUUUAUUGGAUCAGAGCUUUUCAGUUUUAAUUGAUCGUGCCAUGGGGCCAAACAUACGGUAGAACGACACAAAAAAAUUUAUAAAAACAGAUUGCAUUUAACAUUGAUGAUAUUAUGAGAGAAAGUUUUGAAAAGGACGGUUAAGUAAAAAUAAGUCGUUGAAAGUGAAAUAAAAUACAUAAAAUAAAAAUAAGGUUGCAAAAAUAUGGAAUCUCUUUUCGUUGAGUUAAAUGUUAUCGAUUCGGAAGCACGUUUUGGCUUAUCGUCCCCAGAGUUUCUAAUAUGUGUCAUUGUCAUCUACCUCCUAUUUGUUUUCAAAAUUGGACCAGAAUUUAUGGAAAAACGCCAGCCGUUGCGCUUGAAAACAUUUGUAACGGUCUAUAACGCUUUCCAGGUAUUGGUAUGUUUAUACCUGGUAGAUAAGAUUUGGGAACUCACAUCAUGGAAUAUAUUCAAGUUCAAUAAAUGUACACUGUACGAAGCGAAUUCGCCAGAGCGGAAAAAGUUCGAUGAUGUAACCUAUAUUACGUUUUGGCUUAAAAUAAUCGAAUUAACCGAUACGGUGGUGUUUGUGUUGAGGAAGAAACGCAAUCAAAUUACAUAUUUACAUGUUUUUCAUCAUUCGUCGACUCUGACACUGGUUUUUCUUCUGCUACGAUACUAUCGAGGCAACGGAGCUUUGUAUCCCAUCUAUCUGAAUUGUUGGGUACAUGUCAUUAUGUAUACGUAUUAUUUGCUAGCCAAUGUGUGUAGCGCCGAGUUCAUGCGACAUCUGCUAUGGCUAAAGAAAUCCAUUACCAUCAUACAAAUGAUCCAGUUUGUGUUUAUUUUGUUCCAAGCGGUCAUGAUGUGGAGCCGUUGCAUGAUACCGGCCAUCUUGAGAUGGUAUUAUUGUAUGGUGGUCAGUGUUAUAUUUUAUGGAUUUUAUGAUUUCUAUAAGAAGGCCUAUAGUCGUCAGGCGAAAGCGAGUGGAGAAAAUUGACAUUUGAAAAAAUAAUAAUAAAAAAAAGAAUUGCAUCAAAAAAUAA